AAUAAAUAAUAACAAAAUGUUUAUACAUUCUGUGAAAGUUCAUCGUGUUUACAAAACUGCUGCCAAAAUUAUAAAGCAGGUCUUAGAAGAUGGCAAAGGUGUCAAACAAUUAUUAUUCGAGCAAACCCACGUCAAUAUCAAAACUUUGAAUGCUUUAGUUUUUGAGACGUUGAAACAUGCUAGAGUUUUGGAUAUAUUGAUACAAAGAACGAGUAUUUUGUUCAAUGAACCUAGGUUAGAUCCUUGGUUAGCUAGAGUGCUUAUGACAGAAUUAUUAUGGGGCAAAAAAGACAAAUUAGUCUCGGACGCUAAGCCCGUUAAAACAAUAUUAACCUACAGCAAAAAAUUUCAAGCAGUCUUAAGAGAUCUUUCAACUGGAAUGCCCGAGCAACUUAAAGAAGCAUUAUCGACUGAUAAAAAACUGCCAGAACUCUAUCAUCCAAGAUAUGUAAGGGUCAAUACUCUGACUCUGACGAUGCAAGAAGCAAUAGAUGGCUUUAGGGACGAAGGAUGGACUUUGAUUCGGCAUAACAUCGAUUGGACUUACAGAGAUUUUUUAAAAGUGGUUUUAGAACUACCAGCUGAACAUUUCAUACCGGACUUUCAUAUACCCGAACUGCUUGUGUUUCCGCCUGAUACACAAUUUCAUGAUUAUCAAUGCUAUUUACAAGGACACAUUGUUUUACAAGACAAGGCCUCAUGCAUGGCUGCACAUAUGUUAGCACCUGAACCUGGUUCAAAUGUCUUAGAUAUGUGUGCUGCUCCAGGAAUGAAAACUACCCAUUUAGCAGCGAUAGUUGGAAAUAAGGGAACAAUUUAUGCAAUUGAAAAAGAUACACGAAGGCAUGGUGUUCUGUCUGAUAUUGUUCAAGCAACCAAUUCAACUUGUGUGAAAACUAUAAAUGAAGACGCUCUUAAAAUUACUGAUGAGCAAUGUCCAGACAUUGAAUACAUUUUAGUUGACCCUAGUUGUUCAGGCACAGGUAUGUUAGGUCGCAUAGAAACCGCCGCUCCAACCAUUCAAGAUAAGAGAUUAGAAAGAUUAGCUGGUUUUCAAAUUCUAAUAUUAAGGAGAGCUUUGACUGCUUUUCCCAAAGCUAAAAGAGUUUUAUAUUCAACAUGUUCAACACAUACUCAAGAAAAUGAACAAGUUGUGAAAGAAGUUCUUGAGACAACAAAGCAGUUUCGGUUAGUAUCAGCUAAAGAGCUGCUGAAGAAAGAAUGGCUAAGCUUCGGUUCAGAUAAAUACGAGGGCAUUGGUGAAAAUUGUCUUUACUCCAAAUCAGAGGUUGAUUACACUAAUGGAUUUUUCAUAGCUGUUUUUGAAAGAAUAGCUCCUCAUGAUGAGCGUGAUGUAUAUGUCAAAGGAAAGAAAUGGAAGGAAAUAAAACAAGAACCUGAAGAUGACUAUGAAUAUGGUAACACGGAUAUGGUUAAUUAUGGCAUGAGUAAUAAUAAUAUCAGAAAUAAUAUCAAACCGGAAAAUGACCAAGGGCAAAAUGAUGAAUCAAUAGAUUAUAAUAAAUCCUAUAUUAAAACAGAACUCAAAGAAGAAAAUACUAAUGAUCAAAAGUUGAAAUCAAAAAAGAUUAAGAAAGAGAAGAGUGCUAAUAUUGAUAAAGAAAUUACUAGCAGUGAUAAUCAGAAUAUUCUGAAGAGUGAGAAGGAAAAUGCUGAUGAAUCUAAUGAAGUUAUGAGUUCAAAUUCAAAAAUAAAAAAACCUAAAAUGAAUUUAGAAGAAGCAACUACUAGUGAGAGCAUUUUAAAUGGCUUUGUAGGUGCUAAUAACGAGAAUGAGGAAAUAAAACAGGAAAAAAUAGGUGAAGUUGAUAUUACAGAAACACGAAAACAGAAGAGGAAACGAAAAAAAGAAAGCAGUCAUGAAGAAAAUUUAAUAGAUAAUAGUAUUGAUGAUACUCAUGGUCAACAUAAUGGAAAUCAUAUUGAUAGUACAAUUGAUGAUGAAGAAAAUAAUCAAUUACCUAAGAAGAAAAAGAAACAAAAUAAAAAAACAAACAAGUUCUUGAAGAAAUUUCACCUGAGAAUAUAG